AUGGCCGACAUCCUGAGUAUCGGCGGUGAGCCAAUCUUCGACGAGCGCAUCGUCGGAAUAGAGACUCACACGUAUAACCCGUACGUCAACACGACGUUCGGACACAACGACGAGAUACGAAUACCCAUACAGCAGCAGGAUCUGUAUACACUGCCGUGCGAAAGUUUCCUGUACGUCGAGGGACGACUCAAUGACGACGGCGCGACGAAUGGGGAAGAAUACGCGAAAUUAGUCAACAACUGCGUCGCGUUUAUGUUCGACGAAAUUCGUUACGAGCUCGACGGCGUGGAGAUCGACCGGUGUAGAAACGUCGGCAUAACCAGCACGAUAAAGAACUACGUGUCGCUGACCGUCGAACGAGCCAGAAAACUGCAGAACGCUGGAUGGAGUUAUCCGACGAGCGAAUCAAAUCUGAACAACGCGUCCCAUCAAUUCAAUUUUUGCGUACCUUUGAAUAUUCUUUUGGGUUUCUGCGAGGACUACAGACGCGUGGUGAUAAACGCGCGACACGAGCUUAUCCUGAUACGUUCUCGUAGCGACCACAACUGCGUCGUAGAUCCGAAGAAGACCGUGCCGAGAGAUCCGGCCAAAGAUCCUAAAAUUACGUUAUUGAAAGUGCAAUGGCGUAUGCCUCACGUGGCGCUGAACGAC